AUGUUCGCACCUACGUGUCAAACGAUCGAGACCGAGCCCGUUCCUGCCCUUGUUCAAAGUCAGUCCAGACGCAAGCCAAUUCGCAUCGCCCUCGGCCUAAGGCUCGUCCUCUUCCAAGGCGUCCGUUUGUCAGGAACAAGUCCAAUGAUGAGGAUCCUGAUACCCAGUCAGCUGACACAUCCCAAUUUCUACUCUCUGACCACUGAUGAUCCUGCAGAUGGCACAGAUAGUGAUGGAUCAUCGGCUACUCACAGGGAAGACAGUCCUGGUGCUGUUAAUAGCGACAUAGAUACAGUUACAAACAACGGACACAAGACUGCACUUCCAUCCAAUGGGGAAUGUGGUCCUGCAGUGACAAAUGAAAGGGAGAAGACCUCUGUUCCGUCUGAUGGUGAAUGUGGUGGUCCCGCAGUGACAAACGAAAGAGAGAAAACUGCUGUUCCGUCCGAUGGUGAACACAGCGGUGCUGCAGCAAUGAACAACCAGGCGAAUCCUGCAGCUCCAUCCUCAAAUGAAUGCGAUGGUGAUGCUGCGGUAAAUGAAAGGGAAAAGAAUGCAUUUCUUUCCGACGGUGAAUGCGACAAUGCGAUAACAACAAAUGAAAGGGAGAAACAUCCAGUUGCGUCCAUGGCCCUUCGCCCACAUAGAUCUAGUGGUCAUAAGUCAUACUUUCCUAGCUACGAGAGGGGAUCCACAGAGAGCUCCGGCUCUGACAGCGACUGGGCUGAAACAGAAGAGCAGCGAAAGAAGGCAGAAUGUAGUGCAUAUCCGAUGGAGCCACCCAGACUGUCUGCCGAGGACAAGCAGAAGGGAAAAGCAGUAGAAGAUGGCCAUGUCAAUGAUUCAGAGGGCUCUGAUGAAGAAGGCAGACCCAAGGAUGAGGCUGAGGCCACACACAAAGCGGGCAGACUAUCCAAAGAAGCCAUUUCAGUAGUACAUGAUUUCAGGAAGAGGGUCGAGGUGGAAGCGACCGAAAUUGGCAAAUGGUUUGGGAAACAUCAGCAGGUGAUUCUGAUGGAGGCAGGACUGGCGAGGAAGGCAACUCGCAAGGAGUUGAUUUGGAAUCAGCAUCAAGCCUGGUUUAAAACUGUACUGCACCCGUCCAAAGCAGCGAGCUUGCAGGCAUGGAAAGCCAAACAAGCCGAGCAUUACCAUGCCCACUCAUACAAAGACCCUAAGAACGCAGCUCUAUGGAAGCAAAUCCGAGAGCAUUUUGAUCAUGCGGUUGCCACUCCCAAUGAUCUAUCCUCGCGCGAGUCAUGCAGUCUUAUGAUGGCAGUCUGUGAAAUGUUUGCAAAAUCGGCUUUGUAUUGGCACCGCACACAUGGAAUUCACGUCACUGGCAUUGUGAUCUAUCCAGGGGAUGAAGAAUCUGGCCGCCAGGCCUCAGGCUUUUUUGCAGGGUCUGAUAUAGUGAAGGCCCUCAUUGACGCUCAAAAGGUAGAUGCCAAGCACAUGAUUGAUGAGAUCACGACAGUCCUUAAGUACAAGGACUUAGAGGCUGCGCAAGCAGAAGGCAAGAAUAUCAGUUUUUUCCUGCUGCCUGUGCAACUCCCCAAUGGUUCACUUCUACGCAACGGCAAAUCUGACAGAGAUAGAAAUCGUAUGGUGGCGCCUGUAAUUAUCAGUGAAGCAUUUGCUGAUGCCGGUCAAGCGUUAAAAACAUCUAAUAGUAGAUGGAUGACAAUGCUCGACGUCCUCUACUCCUCAAGGUUGUGCAUCCAUGACUGGCCCACAGGAGUUCCACCUCCUGGCCCUGACUUCAAUCUCAAAUCAUUGUCUGCCAGUCAGUUAUGCACCUUGGUGGGUCCAUAUCUGAGGAAACAUCUUGGUGCCAUGUAUGAGGCCGAGUUGGGCCGAGAUGAGGACGAUGACGAUAGCGAUGCAGAGAAAGCUAAAAUGAGCAAGCGGAAAGGCAAGUCCAAGAAGUCUAAUGAGAAUCGAAGGACCAAGGGUGCAUUUGUGGAGGAGCCUGAUGUUGUAUUGUGUAUUAAGGAGUGGAGUCCUCUUCAGAUACAAGACCUCACUUUGUACUUGGGUGAGGUGUAUUCAAUCCCUCUUGUCAUUAACACAGAUGGUGUCAUCCUACGGCGCCUUCAGGAUUCAGAGAAAUUUAUCAAGGACAUCCCUCCCCAUGUUACUCACAAGCAACUAGUCACAACGAUUCGUGAAGAGCAUCCAAACUCAGAUGCAAGUGCAGAGCACUCAAACCCAGAGGCUCCGUGUCCUAACUUACAGGUUUCGCGUUCACGUGCAUCUACAGCUCCGCAUUCCAAAUCAGGAGCUCCACACCCACACCAUGAGGCUCCGCGCCCACACCAUGGGGCUCUGCACCCUGACUCUGUGGCUUUGCGCUCAAACCAAGGAGCUAUGCGCUCCAACUCUGGGGCUUUGCGCUCAAAACAAGGGGCUUUGCGCUCCAAUCAACCUGUUUCUAGGCACACUGACUAUGAUGAUAUCUCAGACUAUAAUGACCUCCCACCAUCAUCUCCUUAUGAGCCUGCUACGCCUAAAGGUUCAAAUGCAGCACCUGCUAUAUAUGACUUGCCAAUACAACAAUCCAAGUACACCCGCAUACGUCAAGAUAUCCACUGCUCUAAGUCGGACACUCAGAAACCUUUUACAUCGCAGGACAGGACAAGCAUGGAUCAAAGGUCCAUUGGUCAUCAUCGUGAGCUGUAUGUUCGUGCUCCAUCAAUGACACACUUAGGACCCAUCCCAAAUACUGCAUGUUUACCCUCUCGUUCGGCAGCAGUGCCCUAUGCUAAUCGCUCGCCUCCAUGCCAGUACGGCCGUCGACUUCCUGCUGAAGAUGAGUAUGAAUUUGAGUAUAACUGA